AUGAACCCAGUCCCUUGCUGCCACGCGGUGGUCCAUAAUACCACUCUGGAUGAAAAAAUUGAGCGAUUUUGGACAAUCGAAGAACUGCAAGAUGUGCCGAAGCUGACGCAAGAAGAACUUGACUGUGAAGAACACUUUCGAACCACUUUCUCUCGUGAUGCAACGGGACGAUACGUGGUGCGUCUGCCGAAGCGGAUGGGGUUCGAGCAGAUGAUCGGUGAAUCGAAAGAAACAGCGUUGCGGAGACUUAUGCAGCUCGAACGGCGGUUCAACAAAGACCCUGAGUUGCGUAGGCGGUACAACGAAGAGAUACGCGCCUAUCUAGAUCAGAACCACAUGAAGCUUGUUCCAGAACAAGAGCUGAAACGCGAUAAACGGAUCGCUUUCUACCUCCCUCAUCAUCCUGUCUUCAAGGAAUUGAGCUCCACCACGAAGAUUCGGCCCGUAUUUGAUGGCUCAUCCAAGACGUCAUCCAACUACUCGCUAAACGAUGGGCUAAUGACAGGUCCGGUAAUCCAGGACACCCUCUUUGAUCUGCUACUUCGCUUCCGCAAAUAUUUUGUGGCUCUCGUUGCUGACAUCGAAAAGAUGUACCUUCAGGUAAUGGUACAUCCAGACGAUACUGCUUUGUUACGUAUUCUGUAUAGAUUCUCGCCCUCGGAACCAAUUGCAACAUACGAGAUGUCUAGAGUCACUUUUGGUUUGGCUCCAUCAUCGUUCCUUGCUACGCGAUGUUUGCAGCAACUAGCACUCGACGAUGGUGAUCAACACCCAAGAGCAAAAGCGGCGCUCGUUAACGAUUUUUAUGUCGACGAUUUUAUCGGAGGAGCGAACUCCGAAGAAGAGGCUAUUUUGCUACGGCAUGAAUUGGAGCAGUUGCUGUCAAAGGGUGGCUUCAGACUGCGAAAAUGGGUGUCAAAUUUGGAAACUGUGUUGACAGGACUACCUCUUGGUGAACUGGGAACAUCAUCUACGCUAAAUUUUGAUCAGGAGCGCGUGAAAACGCUAGGAGUAAACUGGCAACCAGGGCCAGGUUUACUUAGCAUCGACGUAUCAGGUUUCGCUGUAAGCGGACAGUGGACUAGACGCAAGGUUUAUUCUGUCAUCGCACAAUUGUUCGAUCCCACCGGUAUCACAGCACCCGUAAUUACAUGGGCUAAGAUUCGGAUGCAGUUACUAUGGGUUGCCACUCAAGGAUGGGAUGAUUCAUUGUCACCAGACUUGGAGGAACAAUGGGCAGAUUUUUAUCAGCAGCUCCCGUUACUUUCCAACAUCAAGGUGGACCGAUAUGCGUUUACCGAUCAUCCGGCAUUGACACAGUUUCACGUAUUUUCGGAUGCGUCCGAAGCUGCCUACGGCGCGUGCAUCUACGCUCGUUCUAUCAGUCGGUUUGGGCGGAUCAAAGUAGAGUUGUUGGCAGCGAAAUCUCGCCCAGCAAGCCUGAAGAAAAUCACACUAGCAAGGUUAGAGCUAUGCGGUGCCCUCGUUGCGGCUAGACUUUACCGUAUGACUGUUCACGCCCUGAAAAUGGAGGAAAUUGAGGCUUGGUUCUGGUCUGAUUCAACCAUCGUUCUUUCGUGGCUGAAGCUGCCACCUUACGUGUGGCCUACAUUCGUCGCAAACCGGGUCUCACACAUCCAAGAGCUUACGAAGGGACACCGAUGGAACCACGUAAAGGGGACGGAGAAUCCUGCUGAUCUGGUGUCGCGAGGUGUUAUGCCAAAGGAUCUAGCAGAUUUGUCGCAUUGGUUCCAUGGUCCGCCGUGGUUGUCACUAUUCGACCAACAUUGGAACACCAGAGAACAUUUGAAAUACGAGAAGCCAUCGGAGGAAUCAUUGCAGAUGAAGAAAAGCGUCCUCGUGGUAGCAGACUCCUCCCAACCUCAUCCUUUUCUGGGUCACUUUUCGUGUUAUUGGAAGCUAUUGCGGAUUACAGCCUAUUGUAUGAGAUUCAUCCGGAAUUGUAAACGUCACAGCUCGUCCCCCACCAUCCCAAUUCUCAGCGUCACCGAUCUUAAAGGAGCCAAGUACGCACUGGUACGGUGUGUUCAGCUGGAGUCAUUCUCUGUGGAAAUCAAGGCACUCGCAAACCAUCGUAUUAUUCCAGCUCACUUGUCGUUAAAACGGCUCAACCCUUUCCUGGAUCAGCAGGGUAUACUUCGUGUAGGUGGCCGGCUCAAACUUGCUGGAGAAUCGUACUCUGUUCGGCAUCCCAUGAUUAUCCCCGGCAAUCAUUCUUUCUCGCGACAGAUGGCAGUCGCUUACCACGUAAUGGCACUUCAUUCUGGUCCCCGCAUGACACUCGCUCAAAUUCGGCAGGAAUUCUGGCCUUUAAAUGGUAGGGCACUGGCAACCUUUACUUUCCGGAACUGCAUUCGCUGCUUCCGAAGCAACCUUGUUCCUAUAUCUCAACCUCCUGGUCAACUUCCUAAGCCACGUACAACUCCCACUCGUGCAUUCGCUUUUACCGGUGUAGACUACUGUGGUCCAGUCUACUUGAAGCCCGUGCAUCGUCGCGCUGCUGCUCAAAAGGCUUACAUCGCCAUUUUUGUGUGCUUCAGCACGAAAGCGGUCCAUCUCGAGCUGGUAGGCGAUCUCACAACGGCCGCCUUUCUGGCUGCCCUGCGUCGCUUCGUGUCCCGUAGAGGCCUACCCGCCGAGAUUCACUUGGACAAUGGUCUCAACUUCCAGGGUGCCAGUAACCAUCUUCGAGAGCUGUACGACUUACUGCAUGAUCCGACGGUGGCAGCUAAAAUCACUAGCCAAACCUCCCAGCGAGGCAUUAUUUGGAAAUUUAUCCCGCCACGAGCACCCAAUUUCGGCGGGCUUUGGGAAGCAGCAGUGAAGUCUGCGAAGCUGUCGCUCAUCCGAGUUCUGGGCAAACGACAACUUUCCUUCGAGGACAUGACGACGAUCCUCACUCAGGUCGAGGCGGUAAUGAAUGCUCGACCACUCACUCCGCUGUCGGAAGAUCCCGACGAAUUGGACGUGCUCACUCCUGGGCAUUUCCUGACAGGAACCUCCCUAUUAGCAUUACCUGAUCCGGAUUACACUGAUGUUGCAACGAACCGGCUACAACACUACCAGCAAUUGCAGCAACUAGUACAGCAGCAUUGGAAGCGGUGGAGGCGAGAAUACAUCUCGCAACUUCACAACCAGAAUCAGCGAUUUCCUCAAGCGACAAAGCUAAAGAUCGGACAAAUGGUUGUGCUCAAGGAGGACAACAACGCGGCUAUCGAGUGGCCUCUAGCUCGUAUCAUCGAAGUCUACCCUGGCCCCGACGAUGUAGUCAGAGUAGUGAAACUACGAACACCGAGUGGAGCCGUCUACAAACGUCAGGCUUCACGUGUUUGUCUAUUACCAUUCGAGAAGAUAGCUGCCAACCCACUACUCACUAGUGCAACUCCGGAGCACUAG